AUUAAUUACACAAGUUGAGUUGUCAAAUAAAAUAAAGACAUCUAUCUACCCUAUUGUACAACGUUAUUAUACCUCUCCUCAAUCUCAUCAAUAAAUAGAACAAGACCACACUAUACCUCAUUUACUCUUCACCCUCUCCACACCAACUUAAAACGCCUCUUCUCUUGGAUCACAUUUCACACCCUAACAAAAAAGAUGAAACACCAAACAUUCACAUGCCUCUGUGUUCUGGCCCUUACCAUCAUAGUUUGUUCCAAUGUAUCAAACGCAGCUGAAGACUUGUCCAAGACAUGUGGCCAGGUGGUCUCAAAGGUGAUUCCAUGUUUGGACUUUGCGACGGGGAAAGCACCGACGCCGAAGAAGGAAUGCUGUGAUGCAGCGAAGAGUAUUAAGGAUACGGAUCCGGAGUGCUUGUGCUAUAUCAUUCAGCAGACUCAUAAGGGGAGUCCUGAAAGUAAGAGCAUGGGGAUUCAAGAGGAUAAGCUUCUUCAACUUGCUGGUGUUUGUGGUGUGAAAGCUAACAUCUCUGAUUGUCCUAGCACAUAUAAAGUGGCUGGAACAAAAGAAAGAUUUGAUGACAUUCCUUCACCGAGAGAUUGUGAGAAACGACCCGAUUUGUGUCCAGCUCAUCCUCGAGAAUGUAUUCAAAGUUGUAAAAAGAAAGGCAGCACUUUCGGUAGCUCCUGUGAAGGAGGCCUAUGUUGUUGUGGAAUAUAGCAUUUUAUGUCUUCGUACAAGUUAAUGUACAAGUUAUUUUCAACGCUAUUUGGCAGGUUAGGAAUAAGGUGAUUUUUCAUAACGCUUCUUUUAAUUUCUCUUCUACUAUCUCCAACAUUUUGGCUUCUGUUUCGUUGGCUGGUAAUUCUUCAUCUGCUUCCUCUUUUGUGAAUAUGCAUGAUUUUGUGCUUCUUAAGAGAUUUAGGGUCAUUAUUCGGCCUCCGAAAGCCCCUGAUAUCGUCGAGGUUAUUUGGAAACCUCCACCUAUGAAUUGGGUUAAAUUUAAUUGUGAUGGAGCUUCUCUUUCUAAUUCUGGUAUCUCUUCCUGUGGCGGAAUUGCAAGGGAUAGUGAUGGCGGUUUUUUGGGUGCUUUUGCUUCUUUCUUGGGUGUUUCAAAUUCUCUCAUUGCCGAGCUCUCGGGCGCCAUGUUUGCAAUUGAGUUUGCUCAUGAGAAGAAUUGGAUAAAUUUGUGGUUGGAAACUGACUCAACAAUGGUGGUAAAAGCUUUUAAAUCUACUUCUAUUGUGCCUUGGAUAAUUAGAAAUAGAUGGCUGAAUUGUAUAAAUAUAGUUUCUAAUUGGAAUUUUGUGGUUUCACAUAUUUAUAGGGAAGAGAAUAGUUGUGCUGAUGCCCUUGCUAAUUUAGGUCUAUCUAUUACAGAUUUUACGCAGUUUUCUUCUGUCCCUUCUUUCUUAAGGGCUGAUUUUGUAAAGAAUAGGCUAGGAUUGCCUUUCUUUAGGUUUGUUACUUCCUGAUAGGGUUUUGGUUAUUGUAUCCCCUAUCCUUUUUGUAA